AUCCAAUUGCUUAGGCCCAACUCAGCGAGGUGGCAACGCCACAGACACAGCUGUUUUUUGUUUGCAACAACCAAAUCCAACAAUGGAAAGAAUGCUGAAAAGAUCCCGUGGAAAAAACUUCUCGGAGGCAGAGGUGCGCAUACUUUUUCAGCUGGUGGAUAACCACAAGGAUGUACUGUUGAACAAGAAGAGUUAUACGGCUACCUGGAAGCUGAAAUCCGAGACUUGGGUGAAAAUAGCUGAAGAGUACUGCACUCAAUCAGGUGUCGCUCGUACGUGGGUGGCGCUUCGUGAUAAAUAUACCAAUGCGAAUAGGAAGAAAGGCGGUGUCACGCCGACUUGUCACUUUCCUCCGCUGUCAGAAGAAGAAAACUAUGCCAAUGAAAGCCUCAAUCCUUCACCAGACGAUGAUUCUGAUGGAAGCCACAAUCAGGCGCCGAGCCAGCACCAAUAUGAAGCAAACUAUUCCGAAAGUACUCAGGAAGGAAGAAAUAACUUGUGGAAGGAAAAGUUUUCCCUGAUAAAGCUGCAAAGGGACUACAUUCGAGAUGAGAACACUAGACUUGCAGAGACGCACCGAAUUGAGAUGGAGAAGCAGCAGUUGGAGCUGCAGCAUCUGCGCUUGAAGAACCAACUGCUCGAACUGGAGAUUGAGGAAUUAAAGAAACGGGGGUGAUAAUUUGUAUGUUUCAUCCGGUUGAGUGUUAUUAGGAUUAGUCAUUAAAGGAUUAUACAGCCUCUAGUCUGGGAUACCCAUGAGCUUCCUUCCAUCUUCAUUGUUGU